CUGAAGAGGGCACAGCCGUGCGGCCGAGGGCAGAGCGAGCCGAGCCGAGUCGAACUAGCAGGGCGGACCAGCGCCGGGCAGCCCGAACCGCGCGCCGCGAGCGCCCGCCGCCGCCCCUCACGCCCUCCUCGGCCCCCGCGGCGCCUGCCACCUUCCCCUCCUUCCCCGCGCCCCUGUCCCGCCUCCGGCGAGCCCGCCCCGAUCGCUGCCCCCGCGGAGCCGGGAGGUCACCGGCCCGCGCCUCCGCUCCCCUGGGCCGCGCACCGCCUCCACGCCCUCCUCCUCCUCCCCAGGCUGGGCGCCUGGCACCGGGGGCCGUUGCCUGACGCGCAAGGCCCAGCUCCACUUUUCGCUCCGCGUCUCCUCCUCCUCCUCCAACUCCUCCAACUCCCCUCGCCCUCGGACUCCGCUCGCGAGCCCUCGACUCCGCGCCCGCCCGCCACUCUCCGUCCCGCCCCGAAGGUGGGAGCGCGUCCGCCCCGGCCGGCACCAUGGCACGCUUCGUCUUGCCUGCGCUGCUCUGCACCCUGGCCGCGCUCAGCGCCGCGCCGCUGGCUGCCGAGCUCAAGUCGAAAAGUUGCUCGGAAGUGCGACGUCUCUACGUGUCCAAAGGCUUCGACAAGAACGAUGCCCCCACGCACGAGAUCAACGGUGAUCAUUUGAAGAUUUGUCCCCAGGGUUAUACCUGCUGCUCCCAAGAGAUGGAGGAGAAGUACAGCCUGCAAAGUAAGGAUGAUUUCAAAAGUGUGGUCAGUGAGCAGUGCAAUCAUUUGCAAGCUGUCUUUGCGUCCCGUUACAAGAAGUUUGAUGAAUUCUUCAAAGAACUACUUGAAAAUGCGGAGAAAUCCCUGAAUGACAUGUUUGUGAAGACAUAUGGUCACUUGUACAUGCAAAAUUCCGAGCUAUUUAAAGAUCUCUUCGAAGAGUUGAAGCGCUACUAUGUGGCGGGAAGUGUGAACCUGGAAGAAAUGCUGAAUGACUUCUGGGCCCGCCUCCUGGAGCGGAUGUUCCGCCUGGUGAACUCCCAGUACCACUUCACAGACGACUAUCUGGAGUGCGUGAGCAAGUACACGGAGCAGCUGAAGCCCUUUGGAGAUGUCCCUCGGAAACUGAAGCUCCAGGUCACUCGUGCAUUUGUAGCAGCCCGCACUUUUGCUCAGGGCUUAGCAGUUGCAAGAGAUGUAGUGAGCAAAGUCUCAGUGGUAAAUCCCACAGCCCAGUGUACCCAUGCCCUGUUGAAGAUGAUCUACUGCUCCCACUGCCAAGGUCUCGUGACUGUGAAACCCUGUUACAACUACUGCUCCAACAUCAUGAGAGGUUGUUUGGCCAACCAAGGGGAUCUUGAUUUCGAGUGGAACAAUUUCAUAGAUGCUAUGCUGAUGGUGGCCGAGAGGUUAGAGGGUCCUUUCAACAUUGAAUCAGUCAUGGAUCCCAUCGAUGUGAAGAUUUCGGAUGCUAUUAUGAACAUGCAGGAGAACAGCGUGCAGGUGUCUCAGAAGGUUUUCCAGGGAUGUGGACCCCCCAAGCCUCUCCCAGCUGGUCGGAUUUCCCGUUCCAUCUCCGAAAGUGCCUUCAGUGCCCGCUUCAGACCCUUUCACCCCGAGGAGCGCCCAACCACGGCAGCUGGCACUAGUUUGGACCGACUGGUUACUGACGUCAAGGAGAAACUGAAGCAGGCCAAGAAGUUCUGGUCCUCUCUUCCUAGUAACGUCUGCAACGAUGAGAGGAUGGCUGCAGGAAACGGCAAUGAGGAUGACUGCUGGAAUGGAAAAGGCAAAAGCAGGUACCUGUUUGCAGUGACAGGAAACGGAUUAGCCAACCAGGGCAAUAAUCCGGAGGUCCAGGUUGACACCAGCAAACCGGACAUACUGAUCCUUCGUCAAAUCAUGGCUCUUCGAGUUAUGACCAGUAAGAUGAAGAAUGCUUAUAAUGGGAAUGAUGUGGACUUCUUUGAUAUCAGUGAUGAGAGCAGUGGAGAAGGAAGUGGAAGCGGAUGUGAGUAUCAGCAGUGCCCUUCGGAGCUUGAGUAUAACGCAACUGACCACUCUGGGAAGAGUGUCAGCGAUAAAGCCAGCAGCGCUGGGGUCCCCGCUGGGGCGCGGCCCUACCUCCUCCUCACUGUCUUCUGCAUCUUGUCCCUGGUUAUGCAGGGAGAAUGGAGAUAAUUCUCAACCUUAGAGAAAAAGUGUUCAUCAUCAAAAAGGCACCGGUUAUCACUUUUAUACCAUCCUAGUGACUUUGCUUUUUAAAUGAAUGGACAACAAUGUACAGUUUUUACUAUGUGGCCACUGGUUUAAAAGAUGCUGACUUUGUUUUUUCAUUCAGUUUUGCGGGAAAAGGGGACUUGUACGUAAGGUCGGUCCUGCUUCCUCAGAAUCAUGUUAAAUGUGGCUAACAGUGUAGGUACAGAACUGUAGUUAGUUGUGCAUUUGUGAUUUUUAUCACUCUGUUUGUUUGUUCUUUUUGUUUUUGUUUUGUUUUGUUUGUUUGUGGGGUUUUUUUUUCUUCUUCAAUACGGUCUCACCUUGUUUCUUACAAGAAAACCAGGGGCCUUUCUUGGCAUGUAACAUGUACGUAUUUCUGAAAUAUUAAAUAGCUGUACAGAA